AUGCAACGUCUUCAUCAUGGUAUAACACAAUGUGAUCAUAUUGAACAACGAGCUGAUCAUGCUGAAGAACGUUUAUUAAUACUUAAUAAAUCUAUCGAAACACUUUCUCGUUUAAUUGAUGUUAGUUUUUUAAUGCGUAUUUCAUCAGAUAAAGAAAAAUUAAGAUGGUUACAAUUAAUCAAUGAGAAAAAUCUUGAUUUUACAAAUUCAAUUGUUAAACAAUUCUUCUAUCGUCUGGAAUUAUAUUUAGAACGAUCAAUUAUUGAUAACAAUGAAAAACAAGCUUAUUUACAAAGUUUAUUUCUCCUACAAUCACCAACAAUUGUAUCAUCGGGUUUUUUUAAAUAA